CUUUACAUAACAUAAACAUUAGUAUUUUUUAAGUUAUACACAGCACUACAUAGAUUAAAUUUGUUGUAUCAUAUUUGUACGGUUUAAAAUAUCAUUUUAAAGUCUUAUUUGGUUUAAUUUAUUAACAAGAAAGUAGUAGGCCUAGUGACGAUUGGUUUACUUGUGGAACGGUAUUUUAUAGUCUAACCUGACCUAUUUUAUUAUUUUCUUAUUUAGCAUCAACUUCAGACAGUCAAUUAGCCUAUUUUAACACUUGAAGAAUUACACGAUCAAAAAUAGGACUAUAUUUCAACCAUAUGGAUACUGAACUGACAUUUGGUAUCUUAACAGUUAGUGACAGAUGUUUUCGUGGAGAAACUCAAGAUGAAAGCGGACCAUUUUUACAAGAGCUAAUUGAAAAAUCUGGGAAGUUUGAGAACCCGGUUUUUGUGACAAAAUGUGUUCCAGACGAGAAAGUUGAGAUAGAGGGAACAUUGAGGGAAUGGGCAGAUGUGCGGAAGCUCGAUGUGAUAUUCACCACUGGAGGGACAGGGUUCGCCCCGCGGGAUGUUACGCCAGAAGCCACCAGAAACAUCAUUGAUAAGGAGGCCCCAGCAAUCCCAGCAGCCAUCCUUUACAAGAGCCUAGCAAAGACUGAAAUGGCUAUGCUUUCUCGAGCAGUAUGUGGAGUGAGGAAACGUAGUUUAAUCGUAAACUUCCCUGGGAGCAAGAAGGCGGUGGGAGAGUGUCUUGGGUUCAUCAUGGACUGUCUUCCACAUGCAGUGGCGCUGUUGAGAGAUAAUAUCACAGCAGUGGCUUCUACUCACAACAGUCUUCACAAUACUGCCAAGAGCAAGGUGGAUGUGUCAAAAGUGGCUCGCCGGGACAGAGAGUCUCCGUUCCCCAUGAUCGGAGUGGAUGAAUCGCUGCUAGUGGUGCGAGCGAUCAUUGCCAAACUUAGCAUUGGUUCUGCGUCCCCGCAAAAGUGCAUCGAGGAAGUCCCCAUCCAAGAAGCUGCAGGGAGAGUGGUGGCAAGACCUGUGAUGGCUCAGUGUUCCGUGCCACCAUACCGAGCAUCAGUCAAGGACGGCUACGCAGCCAUCGCCAGCGACAAGGCUGGGCCAAGACAUGUGAUAACAGCAAUGCUGGCUGGCUCACAGCCGUUGUCAGGAGGAGUGCUUGGCGCCGGCCAGUGCGCCAGAGUCAACACCGGAGCACCAGUCCCUCCUGGCGCAGACUGUGUGGUACAAGUAGAGGAUACUAAGGUACUACAGGAGUCCGAGGGAGGCACCGAGGAGUUGCAGAUUGAAAUAUUGACACCCCCCAAUGUAGGACAGGACAUAAGAGAAGUAGGCUCUGAUGUGAAGCAAGGCGAGACUGUGCUGAGAGUCACACAAACCCCCUUGACCAGCUCCCAGGUGGGACUGUUGGCUUCUGUGGGAGUCUUCAAAGUGCCUUGUGUCAGGUUGCCACGAGUAGGAGUGUUGUCUACAGGCAAUGAGCUACAACUCCCUGGCCACAGUCUCACUCCUGGUCAGAUCUGGGACAGCAACAAGGUCAUGCUACUGACUAUGUUCAGACAACAUGGCUUCCCCACAGUAGACCUGGGCAUUGCCAAGGAUGAGCCUGAUGAUACCCUGGCCAAGCUACAGGAAGGCAUUGCGUUGUCUGAUGUGAUAGUGACCACAGGCAGUGUAUCCAUGGGGGACCGAGACCUGCUGAAACAUGUACUCAAGGAGGACCUCGGGGCCACCAUACACUUCGGCAGAGUCAACCUCAAACCUGGGAAGCCCACAACAUUCGCGACGUGUGCAGCUCCAGGAGGCCGCACUGUGGUGUUCUUCUGUCUCCCUGGCAACCCAGUGUCUGCUACUGUGACCAGUCAUCUGUACGUACUGCCAAGCCUGCGACAUCUAGCCGGCCGCAAACAGCCAGACGGACAGAUUGUCAAGGCAAAGAUUCAGAGUGAAGUGAGGCUAGAUUCUCGUGUGGAGUUCAAGAGGGGAGUUUACAGAGCUGGAUAUUCAGAAACUCCGGCACAGGUUGAAGUGUUAGGUGGCCACAUGUUGAGCAGCAACCUCCUCAGUGUCAGUACUGCCAAUUGUCUGGUCCAAUUGCCUGGUAAAACAGCUGAUAAACAAAUCGUGGAGCGAGACAGCUGGGUUGAUGUGUGGCUCACGGGGUCAAAAGAUAAAUAUUGAAGUUUUUUCUCCAAAAGGCGUUUCACAAUUAAUUACAAGUGGUACCCAAACGUUUCCGAAACGCCAAUAUUCUUCCGUAAAUACAAUUUUAUUUCAUUUAACUGUAAAAAGAACAUUGAGGCUUGUUUGAAUGUUGAACAUUUUAAAAUGUAAGACAUUCAUUACUCCAUUUGUCUUGGAUCCACAAUAAUACUAAUGAGGUUUCAUUGUACAAAUUUAUUUGUAUCAUCAUAGAUCAAAAUGAAAUCCUAGUUACUGUUGAUAUGAAAUUGCAAAUUAGAUUAAGUUUAUAAAAUAUUAAAAUAACUAUAUUGAGUUUUGUUUGUUGUUUCCGUAAUGUUCUGUGAUGUUGUCUCGUAUCUGUAAGUGUUUUCUUAAUGUUUCGCUUUGUGCCUUGCUCUAUAUGAACAAAAACAAAUCGCUCCAUAAUAUUAACACUACUUCCAAUUAUAAAUAUAUUAGGGUUUAUGUUUUACUUCAUUCCGGUUUAGCCUACAUUCUUGUCUUGGUAGAAUAUUUAAAUAAUAAUGCCAUUAUGUUACCUUUUGGCUGUUUGUAUACACAAAUACUUCUGUAAAUUUGUUUGCCUUUGCCAAAUGAAUGUAGUACUAUCAAAGUUCAAACUUAGAAAAAGCUAGGUUUUUUCUUUUUACAGGAAACUAAAAAUAUGAUGUACUUUUUUGCUUUAUCAUUACAUUGCUUUGCUAUUAUGUUCCGUUGAUGGUUCAAUGUAAUGGAAACAUUUUUUUAAAUAGAGAAUGUCAUGAAAAACUAAUUAUCAAUAAGACUGAAAAUCAGCUAGUUGUCUGGCACAAGUAAAGAUUAUAGAUAGGCUACUAAAUAGUUUGUAGUUGCAGCAUUGGUGCUAUAGUUGAAAUUAAAUUACACUAAAAUAUUUUACAUAUUUAGUUUUGAUACUUUGUGUGGUACAUUUUUUACUGUUGUGUUUUUUUUUACUUUCUUUGGGUUAUUUGUAUUGGUGUAGCUAGAUGUUUUGUUUUAGAUAGGAAAUUUUAAUUAACAUAUCUAUUCAAUGUAUUUCUUUGUUCAUGUUCCUGUUCGAUUUGUAUAAGUCUUGCUCAAUGUGAAAUAAAACUCUAACGGUUGUUAAAAAGUGUAUUUUAUUUAUUUCCCUUCAAAUUAUGAUAAACAUUGGAAACCAAAAUGAACCCUUGAAUGAUCUUUUUCUUUUUA